AUGAUGGUCAUUUUUUCGAAAACUAAAUUCAUCAUAAAACAACUCAAAGAUGACAAACUAUCCGUCGCCGAAGUUUUCUGCUUGUCAAUCGAUAUGGACUGUAUCGAAAGUUCCUACUUAGGUCAACAAAUCCGAUGCUGGAUCGGAUCCGACCAUUCGACAAAAUCCGAUCGGAUUCCUGGAAACGGAAUUGCAUUGGAAUCCGACUAG